ACUGUAUUCAUCGGUUGCAUGGUUCCUGCUCGAGGACAGGCGGAUGAAGAACAUUCUCAAAAAAAGCACAAACUGAAACCUAAAGAGUGAUCCAGAGUAGGAGAGGGGUGGUUUGCAGACGAACUUUAAAGUGAACAAUCUCUUUCAAUUUAAAGCUUCACAGAGGCAUUAGGAAGCUUAUUUGGUUGCAAUGGAAGCACUACAGGAGGUAUCUGCUAUGGAGAUGACUGUUAGCAUCUAAGGUGUAAGGAAUGUUUUCAGCCAUUUCAGUAAUCACUAAGGCAAUUGCAAAACUGUUGGACGGUGAAUUUUGUAUGUUUUCAGGCGUGAGACAGGUUUGACAGUAAAGAAGAGAAGUGUCUCUUGAAUGGACCCAUAAUUAUAUGCAGCGGUUGCAUCAGGCGAUGUGAAGUUGCUUACAAAGUUGGAAGGUAGAUGCAACAUUCUCCAAGAGGUUACGCCCACAGGAGAUGCGGCACUUCACUUGGCAGCAUAUCAUGGCCAUGUGAAUGUUGUGAACAAGCUGCUUCAGCUGAUGAAUGGUGCAGGUAACCAAGCAAUUCGUGGAUUUCUAAGGGUUAAAAAUGAAAAAGGUAACACCGCCUUUCACGAAGCUGCAAUUGGAGGUCAUCACCAAGUAAUCGAGGUUUUAUUGGAACGUGAUCGUCCUCCGCAAAGUGAAAUUGAGCUGCAAAAUAUCAUCAGCGAUACAAGUGAUACUGAUCCGCAUAGUAUUGUUAAUGAUGCUGGUGAUACCGAUCUGCAAAAUAUCAUCAAUGAUGGCGGUGAAAUCACUGAUGCCGGUGAAGCUGACCCACAUAAUAUCAUCAGUGAUGCCGCUGAAACUGAUCUGCCAAAUAUCACCAAUGUCGUCGGUGAAACUGCCUUGUUCAAAGCUGUUGAGGAAGGUCAUCAGAAAAUCGUUGCAGAACUUUUGCUUUUAACACUUCCACAGCACUACUGGAGGACAGAUGGCCAAACGCUUGUGCACUGUGCGGUAUACAGUAGACGCAAAGAAGUGCCCAAGAAGCUCAUCGCUGCUAAGCCGGACCUUCUUAAACAAGCUGACUAUUUACGCAGAACACCCCUACAUUAUGCUGCCUGUCUUAAAGGAAUAUCACAUAUUGCAAAAAUUAUUUUAGAGAAAGACACGUCUUCCUGUUAUACAGUGGACAACAAUCACCAAUCAGCGCUUCAUAUAGCAGUCAAAGAAGGCAACAUUGAUUUAGUGAGAGAGAUAUUAAAAUAUGCCAAAGACUGCAUAGUAAUUGGAGACAACGAGGGAAGAAAUGCUUUUCACCUGGUGAUUGAAAAUGCAGUACAAAUUUUUGACAAAACCCGGAGACGCAUUAAAACCUUGAUGUUCUUGGUGAUAUCAAAGAGGCUGAUCAAUGAAGCUGACAACCGAGGCAAGACGCCAUUGGACAUAGCGCUGGACAACAUGGACACAGACGAACGCCUUUUCGAAGGAAUUAUAUGGUUGCUAGAAAUAAAUGGUGCGUGGAGGACUCCAAAAGAGACACAUGACACAAGUAAGAACUCAUUGAUGACUGAAAAAUCAAUGUGGAAAGCCCAAAUUAUUUCAGUAAAUGCAGUGUUGAUUGCAGUGGCAGCUUUUCAAACAGCUUUCACUCUCCAAAAGGACCACAAAGAACCUAUGUUAUAUGUUGUUUUCAUGCAGUUUACAGUGAUUUGUGAUGCAUUAGCACUCACAAAUCACUUUGAUACCUCUCUCACUGCAUUAUGGACAGCUUUAAUAUCUUUGUUGCUAGCAUUUGGAGGACGCAUCUUUGUGGCUAUGGCACCAGCGCAUACAAUUGCAACAACGAUUGUUUUAAAUAUGGUGAUAAUUGUUCCAAUCUCGAUAAUAAUAAUGAUUCUUUGUUCCAAGAAAUACAUAUUCAGAGACGACAAAAGCUACCUUUGGACUCUCCUAAUACUACUUGUCGCGGAUUACAUAUGGAUUUAUGUAUGAUAUUGUUUUCCCAUUUUUUUCCCUUUUCUCCCUUUAUUUCCACGCUUAAGUAUUGCUUUUAAUUACUAUGGAAGAGGCAUAAUAUGGGUAAUAGUGGGUUUAGUUGCAUAUAUAGGUCAAAGAAUAUAUUUUCGAUGGAAACAAAGGCUCUUGAGAGAUGACCAUUAUAUAUGGGUCUUGACAUUACUUAUUGGUGUAAUUAUGUAUAAUAUACUUUUCAUCCCGAUAGUGCCUACGGGCAAUAUUUCAAAUGUAUAGGGAUCUAUAUAUUGAAAAUGUAAAAGGGGUCUGUUUCUUGAAAUUGUAAAGGGAUCUAUCUAUCCAAUAUUAAAGGGAUUCUAUCUAUUGAAAAUGUAAAGGUGGUCUAUCUAUUGUAAAUGUAAUGGGAUAUAAUGAGUCAAUUAGGGGUGUUUUGUAAGAACUUUUGUACUUCAUCGAGCUAUAAUCAAAGGUUAUCUUCUUGGGUGUCGGUAUGCUUGUAUGAACCAGGGGUUUGUUCUAUCUACUA